AUGCCAGCAGGUCAUCAUCGUUCCGGUGUGUGCGUGCCAUCCCACAAGAGACUCGGAGGCACGCUUGGGGCGCGAUUGAGAGUGAACCCGGUUGGAUGUCCCUACGCGCAGUGUCGUUUUGCUGGUGCCUGUGCUUUGGAGAGUGGGCGCAUGUUUAGCACAGCAAUGAGUUUACGCAAUCAGUGGGGGCACAGCAUCCUUCCCCUCAUUGGCUGCCUCGAAUUCCUGGACCAGCCUAGACCCAGAGCAGCGGGAAUAAGAGCAGCCGCUGGUGCUGGGAGGCAUGGGAGCCUGCUCGGCUCCGAAGUCACUGACGCUUCCAUAGUGCCGUCCCCUGACGUCGACGCUGCUGCCGCUGCCACCAUCUCCGCUCCAACCUACCUAUUACCUGCUGCCAGGUCUGCCUUGGAGAGCCUCCCAGAUCCUGCUGUACUCCCUGAGGAGGAAUCGCGACUCCUACUGGCUGCGCUGGUGAAGGACUAUGUGCAGAUGAAGGUCAGGGCGCUGGAGCAGGAGCAGGAGACAGGGGGUGCCAGAGUCCCUGCCCAGAAGGGAUCCUGCAACACUGCCACCUGUGUGACCCAAUGGCUGGCAGGCUUGCUGAGCAGUUCUGGGGGUGGGGUGAAGAGCAACUUCGUGCCCACCGAUGUGGGCUCCAAAGCCUUUGGCCGUCACUGCAGGGAUCUUCAGGCCUGAGCAGCAAAAUGACUCCAGGAAGAAGAUCACCAUGAAGCCGAAUUCUACUUCUUUUAAUUUAUCAUGAAAGCAACUUGUAGGAAAGGGAGCAUGAAAGACACCCCUAAUGCAUGCUCCUUAAUACUAAAGUAACUCUUUGUGGUUUGAAGUAAACUAAGGCUAAAUGCAGAAUAAAAGCAUUGCACUUA